AUGGCAACGCCAAACAGCAGGAACCAAACUAAACAACUGCAGUAUAUACUUUCGGUGUUUCAAACAAAUGAUGUUGAUAUUUUAUGUAAUAUCAUAUCCACAAGCUGAUUUAUUUCAUGUUGACUUAAAAAGUUUUUUUCUUCCCCCUGUGAUAUAGCUGUUGACUUGAAACUACAACUUAAAAAAAUCUAAUUAAUUUUUAUUACAGUGACUUGCGUCACCUUUAAUUUAAAUGUAUUGAACAAUUAUGCAUCCUAAUAAUAAUAGUUCUAAUAUUCCUGCUUUUCUUGUAAAGCUAUGGAAAAUAGUAGGCGACUCAUCAUCAGAUGAUUUAAUUUCCUGGAAUCAAAAUGGAUCGAGUGUCAUUAUUCAUGAUCCUGAUCGAUUUUGCAAAGAAUUACUGCCGCUAUAUUUCAAGCAUGGAAAUAAUCCUACUUGUGCAAGUUUUAUAAGGCAGUUAAAUAUGUAUGGUUUUAGAAAAGUUAUGAACAUUGGAAAACAUAGCGAUUCAAAUGAACUAGAAUUCCAUCAUGCCUUUUUCUUACGGGGUAAUCCUGAGCUUUUGACUAAGAUAAAAAGAAAGAUACCUCCUUCUAGGGAUACCAGAGGAGGAUCCCAAGGGGUCUCUGUAGAGCCAGAAGUGAGUUUUAGCUCUAAUGAUGUUUUAACUAAUUUGUCCAUUCUAAGAGAAAAACAGAAGAAUAUGGAUAUGACACUGUCAAAAAUGAAACAGGAAAAUGAACUUUUGUGGCGUGAACUAUCAACUGUGCAGCAAAGACAUAAAAAGCAAGAACAAGUUCUUCACAAAGUAAUUCAGUUUCUUGUGCAAAUUAUUCAAAGGAGUAACCAGAAUAUUCAUGUUCCUAGAAAAUUGGCUCGCAUGUUGCAAGAUAGCUCGGUUUCUCAGGAGAAUUCUUCCCAUAUAGCUAGAAUCGUUGAUGUUUUGAGAAAUAAUGAUUCUGAUUGUAUUUUUGUUCCUGAUGAAAAUUCUUCUAGUCCUGCAGGAGCUGUUAUACAUGAAGUGACAGAUUUUGAAUCUGAUGUUGCCAGUAGUCCGCCAUCAGUGUCUACAAAUAAAUUUAACACAUCUAUACUUAAGCCAUUAGUAAAGAAUGCUGAAGGCAGUACUUUAUCAUUAAGCUCAUCAUCCACUAAUGCGUCUUCAUCAUCUAUUGAACCUUUAAAUAUACUUGAAAAUCUUCAUGACAGAUUGACAGCUUCUACGUCAAAAGAAUCUCCACCUGUUGCUUCACCAGUUAGAUAUGUUGCUCUUCCUGUUGCAGGUGAUCCGAAUAAGUUAUGUUUAGUCCCAGUUGAAAAUUUUACCAGCCAAGAAAUAUCUAAUUUCAAACCAGAUGCCUUCUGCAAUGUUAUUGCUCUACCAGCAAAAGAAACGGUUUUAGAUGAUGAAGAAACUUUAAAUGCAAAGUCUUCUAGCUCAAAACUGAAAUCACCUCAAAUGACCAGUAGAAAAAUUCCUAGUGUUAAUAUUCCCAAUAAAAUGUCUUCCAUGCAAGUGCCUGAAACUUCAUCAAUUUUAAACAGUGACUUUGAUGAUUCAGUUUUAUCAGAUUUACUACAAGCAUCUAAAAUAUCUAGUUUAGAAGAAGAUCUAAAUGAUAGUUCAACGAUGAAUGAUAUUUCAAUGGAUGUAGAUUCCUUAUCUCUACCACAUUCUUCUAAAAGUUCAAAUUAUCAGUUAGCUAUUCCUGAAUCUUCAAGCUUAGUUAAAUCAAAGAGUUACCCAGAAUUCAGUAUUUUACAAGAUAAUAUGAACUCCACUCCUGGCUUUGAACUUUUAGAGCAACUAUUGCGUUUAGAUGAUACUUAUAUACCAUUAUAUAAUGAAAAAGAUAUGGCCAUAACUAGUUCCUCUGAUGAUAUUUCAGGCAAUGAACUUGUCCAAUUUAGUUCUGUCACUCCAGAUGAUGAUGUUGGGCUAAAUGAACAACAGAUGUUAGAAUUACUUGGACAAGAAUCCUAUAAUUCAGAUUUUCCUGUGAGCAAAUUUUGUGGGCCCCAAGAUUUUGAUGUUUUAUUAUCAAGCAAUUCUUCCAAUCCAUCAGAAGAGAUACUUGAAAAUGAAACUAUAUUAACUGCUCCUAACACAGAAAAGAAAAGUAAAAGGCGUAAAAUGGAAUGAUUUUUUAACAGCUGUUUCUUUUCGUAUAUUUAUAAUUAUGUAUAUAUAUUUUGAAAAAUUAUUUGCUGAGUUUUCAUAUUCACCAUUGAUUAUUAAUUUUUAUUUUUAGUUGUUUAAAUAUUUUUGAGUUAUUUUCAUUUUACAAAGCCUUAAAAUGGAACUGUUUUCUUCAAGACCUUGAAAAUGUGUGAGUUUAAGAAACUUACCAAUGAGUAUUAAAAAGCAAUUAGUUGUCUUUGAGACACUUCGCAAUGAAAUUUCAGGUGUCAAAAUGUGUUAAUUUGUUACAUUGAAAGAUUUUAUUUUGGUAAGCAAGAGUUAUUGCGACAAAUUUAAUUUAAUGACUUCAUGUAUCUCAUCUGUUAAUUUUGUUAUUGUUCUAUUAUUUUUUUAAAGGAACUUAAUUUUUCUUUAGUAAUUCAUUAAGCAUUGAUUAUUUUAUUUAUAAUACUUAAAUAUGAAUGUGCUUUCAUUUGGUUUAAAAUUUGUUUCACUUUGUUAUGAGUUAUUUGUCAUAAUGAUUUUCUUCUACCUCAUUUAUUGCACUAUGCAUUAAAAUUAUUAUAAUUUUUUUUUUUUUUUUUUUUACGAUGUGCAAAGAUUUGUUUUUGUCUGAAAAUCUGUAAAUAUGUUGCUAUUAGAUCAAUUGUUAUUUUUAUUUUAUUUCUGAUUUCACAUCUUUGAUUUUUUGGGCUCUUUUUAAAUGCAAAAAUUUUGUUAGCCAGUGUGGUUCAAUUUUCAGUUAAAUAAAUGAUAAUCUAACUUCAGCAAAAAUUGAAAACAUUAGGAAUUAAGGAAAGAAAAUGUUUGUAAAACAGUAAAUUGGUAUUGGUUGUUUCCAAAACAGUUUUAAUAUUUUUUUUCACUACGAAUAAACUUUACUAAACUAAUAAUACGUUACUCAACUAAUAAACUUUCAUUAUUGAAUUUGUUAACAAAAAUAAUACCAUUUAAAAUGGGAAAUCCUACAGAUCUUAAAAUUUAUAUUUUGCUUGCAUACUGAAUAAUUGUCAGAAAGUAAUCUAAACUUUUUUAUUGUUUUUUUCUUUACGUAUAUUUAGUAAUAAUGGUAAUUGUAUGCACUUAUUAGAGAUAGGACUUAAUCUUCGUCAAUAUUUUGCCAUUUAGCUGCUUGAUGAGUAAUCUGAUUCAAUUUGUGGCAUUGCUCAACAUGCAGAUAUUAAAUUAUGACUAACUACAUCAAGCUUUUUUUUUCUUUCUUUAAAAAGGCAAAAAGCUAAACAUUGAUGUACUUAGGUAAUUAGACAUGCAUAGCAAUUCUUCUUAGGAAAAAAGAUUUUAAUUUUGUUGUGUGUACUUACUUUUACGUUCAGGGAUUUUCAAAACUACUAAUUUUCUAGGAGUAAGAAUCAGUUUUAAGGAUCCGCAAGUUUUGAAAUGGAAAAUAGCGGAACAGCUUAUAUUUUUUAUGUUAUACUAAAACAUUUGGUGACAUUUACUUUGAUUCAUGGCACACUUGUUAAAAAUAUAUAAUUCUUGAAAUACCUAGAAACAAGCUUAACCUGAAAAGUAAUAUAUUUUUUUUUUAGAAACAGUACCAUUGACUCUUGUGUUACUAUAAUAUAGACAAAUAGGAAUUUUGAAUUUUUAUGAAUUAAAAUUCAACCUGUUCUCUGUAUAAACUCAUUAAUGGCUUUGUCUACUUAAACUGUUCUAACAGUAUGCUUUUAAUAUUGUAGGUAGUUGCAUUGUUUGUUAUCUUUACAAUUAAUCUAUUAAUUAUUUUGUGUAGAACAUUUAUUAUAUACCAGAAAGACUAUGAUUUAGUUAAAUGUGUGUACCUUAUCAUUUUAAAGGAUAAUAAAAGUAUUUUAACACUAA